AUGGCUUCGUCCGUGUCCAUCCAGUUGCCCAGUGGGACUGCCAAUGUCAAUACGGGACUUUUUAUCGACAACAAGUUUGUCCUACCCAAGAAUGGUGGAACAUUUGAGACAAUCAAUCCAGCUACAGAAGAGGUCAUAUGUGCAGUAUCUGAAGCAACGAGCGAAGAUAUCGACGCAGCUGUGGCGUCUGCGAGAAAGGCAUUCAAAACGACAUGGGGAAUGAACGUGUCUGGAACGGAACGUGGAAGAUUGCUAUACAAGCUGGCCGAUCUCAUGGAACGCGAUCAGCAAGUCCUCGCCGAACUCGAGUCUCUCGAUAACGGAAAGCCGGCACGAAUCGCCAGGGAUGGUGACAUUGCAGAUUCCGUUGCCUGUCUCCGCUUUUACGCGGGAUUUGCUGACAAGGUCGUGGGACAGCAGAUUGGCAGUAACCCCCCAACCAAGUUUGCGUAUACGCGGGAAGAACCCAUUGGUGUUUGCGGCCAGAUUAUUCCUUGGAACUAUCCUAUCAUGAUGUGGGCCUGGAAGACUGGUCCGGCACUCGCUGUGGGCUGCACCGUUAAACCAUCAGAGCUAACGCCGCUAACGGCUUUGAGGCGGGGUUCCCCAGGGGUAUUCAACUGCGUACCUGCCCUCGGCUCCGUUGGUGGUGCCGCACUAGCGGCUCAUCCUGGGGUCGACAAGAUUGCGUUUACGGGUAGCACAGUUACGGGACGCAAAAUCAUGGAGGCAGCCGCAAGGAGUAAUUUGAAAAAGGUCUCGCUAGAGUUGGGAGGAAAGUCGGCCAGUCUCGUCUUUGAGAGCGCAGAUUUAGAGCAGACUGCUUCGUGGGCGCUGAUGGGGGGGCUUUAUAAUACUGGACAAGACUGCACGUGCGGAAGCCGCGUUUACGUACAGUCUUCCGUCUACGAAAAGUUUAUCGAUAUCAUCAAGGAGAAGAUUACGGCGUACAAACUUGGGGAGGGCUUUGACCCCGAAUCGAGUGCGGGGCCCUUGAUCUCGAAAGCGCAACACGAGAAAGUCCUGACCUUUAUCGACAAGGGAAUUGCAGCCGGUGCGACUCCUUUUAUUCACAGCCCUCGGCCUAGGGCCAAAGGGUACUUUGUGGACCCCGUGGUCUUUACCGACGUCAAGAGGGAAAUGGAGAUUGUCCGAGAAGAGAUAUUUGGGCCUGUCAUUUGCAUUGGAAGGUUCGACACUGAGCAAGAAGCCGUGGAGCUAGCCAACGACACUGCAUAUGGACUGGCUGCAGCAGUCUUUUCCAAAGAUGGGGGCCAAUGCAUUCGCGUUUCGUCUGCUCUAGAAGCUGGAACGGUGUGGAUCAACCAAUACGGACUGCUGAGCAACCAGAGUCCGUUUGGAGGGUAUAAGAUGAGCGGGAUUGGGCGUGAACUGGGGUCGUAUGCGCUGGCUGAGUACACGGCGGUCAAGUCUGUGUUGUGGAAUGUCGGAGAGAGUGCGUACUGGCCUCUUUGA